AUGAUGUCUAACGAAGCCGAGGAAAACGUGGAAGUCAUGGAGCCCGAGAUGGAAAAAUGCGAUCGGUCAUCGACAGAGUCUGAGGUAGCAUCUGCAGAAGAGGCGACAGAAACGACAGAGCAGGAGACUGAGGAGACCUGCAGUACAGGCUCCGGAGAAGAGGUGGCAGAAAGCGUGGAUAAGGUGGAGACGGACUCUCCAGCGGCCAGAGCAGACGGAGAAGACCAGCCGUCAGGAGAGGGCGAGCCGACGGGUAAAGAAGAAGAAGAAAAAAAAGAAGCUCCAGAUGACGGUGGUGGAGAUACGCAAGAAGACGAUGAGGCCAUAGUUCAAGAGGGUAUGUUCUAUCGGGCAUUGUUAUCCUUGCCGUCUCGAAGGCAUGCAUCAUUUCACUUUUAG